GUGCAGAGCAAAGCUCUUGUGGAUGAACAAUAAAGCAUAUGGUACUAGCAAUAAAACACACAGUGCUGGGAAAUUUAAGAAGAUUCUGCUGGAACUAGGAAGACAGUGAAUAUGUCAAACGGUAUAAAAUGAUGAGCAAUCUGGUUUGGUUCCUAAUUAAUAAAAACAGUGCAUGGAUUGGAAAAACAACAAUUUGAACAGGUGCAUGUGACAGCAUCGCAGCAAUGAGUGGAAUUUUAAAGAGGAAGUUUGAAGAAGUUGAUGGCUCCUCACCUUGCUCCUCUGUGCGGGAAUCAGACGAUGACAUUUCUAGCAGUGAAAGUGCCGACAGUGGUGAUAGUGUCAAUCCAUCCACUUCUAAUCAUUUUACCCCUUCUUCAAUCCUGAAGAGAGAGAAGCGGAAGAGAACAAAAAAUGUCCAUUUCAACUGUGUUACUGUGUAUUACUUCACAAGAAGGCAAGGCUUCACCAGUGUUCCCAGCCAAGGGGGGAGCACACUGGGAAUGUCUACUCGCCACAACAGUGUGCGCCAGUACACGCUGGGAGAGUUUGCAAUGGAACAGGAGAGGCUUCACCGAGAGAUGUUAAGAGAGCAUCUAAGGGAGGAAAAACUUAAUUCUCUGAAAUUAAAGAUGACAAAGAACGGUACAGUGGAAUCUGAAGAAGCUAAUACCCUGACACUGGAUGACAUUUCUGAUGAUGAUAUUGAUCUAGACAACACUGAAGUAGAUGAGUAUUUCUUUCUACAACCCCUGCCAACAAAAAAGCGAAGGGCAUUGCUGCGAGCUUCUGGAGUGAAGAAGAUUGAUGUGGAAGAAAAACACGAGCUUCGGGCCAUCCGCCUGUCCAGGGAGGAUUGUGGCUGUGACUGCCGUGUCUUCUGUGAUCCAGAAACUUGCACUUGCAGUCUUGCAGGCAUAAAAUGUCAGGUGGAUCGUAUGUCUUUUCCAUGCGGUUGUACUAAAGAAGGGUGUAGCAAUACAGCAGGUAGAAUUGAAUUUAAUCCUAUCCGUGUACGGACUCACUUUUUGCACACAAUAAUGAAGCUUGAAUUGGAGAAAAAUAGAGAGCAGCAAGUUCCGGCACUAAAUGGCUGCCACAGUGAGAUAAGUGCACACACUAAUUCUGUGGGUCCAGGGCCCCAUCCGGUUGAAUAUUCAAUUGCAGAAAAUUUUGAGAUUGAGACUGAACCUCCGGCUGCAGUUUUGCAUUCUCAGGCAGCUGAGGACUUGGACUGCCCAGGGGAAGAGGAGGAAGAGGAAGAUGGGAGUAGCUUUUGUAGUGGAGUUACAGAUUCUAGCACACAGAGUUUAGCCCCUAGUGAAUCAGAUGAUGAUGAAGAGGAAGAGGAAGAUGAGGAGGAAGAUGAUGAGGAAGAAAAAGCAGAUGAUUUUGUAGACAGCAUGGGCUCCCAUGCUGAUAUGGUGCCUCUUUCUUCUGUCCUUUGCUACUCUGAUGGAACUGCUGUGCAUGAAAACCAUUCUAAAAAUGCCUCAUACUAUACUAACUCUUCAAAUCUGUAUUACCAAAUAGAGAACCAUGUUGCUGGCACUGCUAACCAGAUCAGUGAGACUUACUCAGAAAGGGAAGCUGUCAAGAACAGUAGUCUUUCUCUGGUGCCUUACAACAUGACUUCAGAACAGUUUGUCGACUACACACGGCAAUCAGAGGAAUCCUUCAGCAGCCCUCAUUACCCUUCUGCAAACCCCUCAGUGAUUGUUUGCUGCUCAUCUUCUGAAGGUGACAGCAGUGUUCCAUGUAACAAUUUAUACACUGAGCACAGGCCAACUCACCCUCAAGUGGAAUUUCACUCAUACUUGAAAGGUCCUUCUCAAGAUGGCUUUGUUUCAGCUUUGAAUGGCGACAGUUGUGUACAUGAGCACCCUGCAGAGAAUUCACUCAGCCUCCCAGAAAAGAGCAGACUGCACGAAGAGUGCAUCAAACCACCAGUGGUAGAAACAGUACCUGUUUAAUAUUGAAAAUAUUCUAGGACUGACUUCCUGUAUUCAAAUGCACUUACAUUGAAUUUCCUAGAAUCUUACUUUUUUAAGAGAGAGACAACGUGUGGACUGUACUCAAUGUUCCAGACACCUUUCAUUUUCUCAAGCUACACUGGCAGUGGUAUUGCACAAAAACAGCUCAUGUAAAGAUUUCAAUAAAUAUAAUCAAACUGUCUUUUGAUAAAAAUGAAAUGCAUAAGUAAAAACACAUCCAACAUAUUUCAAAGUAGCCUACCUAUCAAAGUAAGUAUGUGAAACCUGCCAAGCUAUCUGAAUCAAAGCUUCAUGUUUUUGAUUGUCGGGCCUGUGCAAGAAAGAUGGUUAAAAAUGAUACUUUGAAAUAAUCAUGUUUAGAGUCCUAAUUUUCAACAUAUCUGAAAAGAUGGUAAGUUUAAUGUAAAAGGAACUACUGUACAAAAAAGUUUUAAUUGUUCUGUACUGUAUGUAUUUUAUUUAUGGUAGUUUAGUAUUCAUGUUUGAUAAAAAAUGAACAGCAUGUUCAUUUGAGCAGCAGAUCCAUAGCUAGUUACAAAGAACAUGUCCAUUUCUCAUCUGGAGUACCAUAGGAUGUGUUUUGUUUUGAAAAUACAAUUUCUGGUAAAUUAUCUUGAAAUGCAUUUUUUACAAUGAGUGUACUAUUUGCUCUUUUACUGUUCUUGACAAACAGAAGAGUCAGAAAGGGGGCAUUUACAUCUUCUAGAAAGGUGAAAGGUAGACAAUCCUUCAUUAAAAUUAAAAUCAGUGGCGUUCCAGAACUAGUACCCCCUCCCCAAAGAAAAAUGAUCUUGUAUAUAAAUGGCAAAGCAGUAGCUUAAGCUUGCACAGCACCUUUUUAGCCCAACAAACAUUCAGAUACUUAUGCACUUUAGUGCCAUUUUGCAGUACUGUAUUAACUGCGGGAACUGUGAACUAUUUUGGAGAAAUGCCAUAGCUUCAGACUCUGAGGUGUAUGUAAGAUCUUAAAGUUCAUUGUAACAAAAGCUGUAUGGUUUUCCCAAGCCAGUUUAUUAAUAUUUCAGUAGGUAAUUGAUAAAAGCAGAGUCUUGCUGCUUUAAGUUUAAAUGAAGCAUGGAAAAAAUGCCGAAGUGUCUAGAAUUCCUAAAUAUUCAGCAGUUUUAAUGAAAUACGAGGCUGGUUUUUGUGGACUUCUGAUUGAAUCUCAAAUUUAAGUCAUUUGGUUUGAUUAGGAAUCGGUAGAUUCAGUAAGGAACGUAUCUUCAGCAAUUAAUUUAUGCUAAAGUUUGCAAGCAAAAUAGUACAUGCAUCGUAUGGUUAUCCAUUAUUUUGUACUCCAUUUGUUUUUAAGUGAAAUGGGAAUUAAAGUACCUGCUGUAUUCUCAACCUUUAGUUUAUUAACUUACCUUGCUUUCUUCUAGAAAAGGAGGUAUAGGCGCCUGAUUUUCUCUACACUGUAAUUCUGCACUGCCUUAUUUUGAUUUCAAAAUCUAUUUAAACAUUUAUAUUUUCCUCUAAUAGUAAAAUUUUAUUUAUUGUACAUCACAUGGGUUGAAAUGUAGACCUGUCUUGUUUGCAAAAUAAGGAUCAGCAUCUAAGUUUUAUCUGUGUUAGAUCUAGAUGGUUAACAGUAUGCAUGUAAACACAGUGUCAAUUUUAGCUCUGUAACAGUGACUCUUCUGGUUAGAAGCUCUUUAAAACAUCAUGUACAGUAUUCCAGUAGAAAAACUGCCAGAUUUAAAAUAUGCUUU